CGCACGAGCAAUGAUUAGUCGCCUUGAAGAAAGGCUUACACCAAUAUAAAACAGGGAAGUUAACGGAAGACAGAAGGUUCUUUAAAAUCUUCAUAAAAUUAGUUUUCUUUCGUCUGAAAAAGUUCAAGCACUGUUCAAAGGUCAGUAAAACUGUGAGGGACAGUUGGGAGGUGUAGUUUUCCUUCGGGGACGCACAAAUUCCGCUGUUUUCCUGUUGAGUUCGGUCGGUGUAUGGGAAACACCAACAGUGGAAACACAAUUCAGAGAAAGGAAAUUUCAACUGCGAAAUCAUCAUCGUCAUCAUCAUCACUAUCAUCAGUAUCGGCUGCUUCGCUGCUGGUGGCCACUACUGGAGCAUCUAGAAAGGGAACACAAAAUACACGACAGAUACAAAGAUCAGCCAGCUUGGGUGAUUUUUUCAACAGAAUAAAUGACAGCUUCAUUCGGCUUUCUACUUCGCUCUCCUGCACUGCUCUGAGUCCUGUUUCUUCUUCCUCUGGACCCUCGGGUAAUCAUUGUCGAAGUCGUCCCUGGAGUCGCUUUUCAAGAAAGAGGUGGCAUGAAGCUACACUCUCAAACAAAUUUCAACUUUCAAAAGGUUGUUGGCCUGUAACAAACGUUGAGGCAAUAUUUUUACCUCAGAUUCCGGUGGAUUACCAGGCAGUGAGGGAAUACACGUUCGAGGAACAUAUCGCCGACGGUGCAUUUGGGAAGGUCUACAGGGUGAUAGGGCAGACAGUUGCUUCUGGCGCGAAUCCGGCUCAAGUAUAUGCGUUGAAAAUCUUAAGCAAAGCACAGAUCAUCAGUACUAAUGCUCUCGCCCAACUCAAGGACGAGGUCAACAUACAGACGGUGUGUGGGCACCAUCCUUUUCUCGCUCGAUGCAUAAGUCACUGGCAGAAUAAAAAACAAAUAUUUCUGCUUUGUCAGUUUUAUCCCAACGGAGAACUCUUUCAGAAGUUUAGCAGAUUCCCUCAUGAGCUUGUUCGUCUCUAUGUAGCUGAAAUCGCGCUAGCUCUUGAUUUCCUUCAUCAAGCUGGAAUCAUUUAUAGAGAUUUGAAGCCGGAGAACAUUCUGCUCGAUUGGGACUAUCACGUACGAUUGAUUGAUUUUGGACUAAGCAAGUGGCUAAGCAUUGGCACUCGAACACGUACAUUGUGUGGGACGUUGCAGUUAAUGGCACCCGAAAUUUUAGCCGGUGAAACUUAUGGUCAUUCUGUUGACUGGUGGGCGCUUGGAGCUUUGGCUUGUAGGAUGUGCACAGGAUUUUACCCCCAGUUGGACAUAUCCGCAUACUUGAACAAAUCUGAAGAAAUUGAUACACUGAUCAAAAACAUUUCAAAUGGGAGAAAGUUUGCCUCGGCGAAAUUACUUCCAGAUUCAACUGCUCGUCUUCCGGUGGAAAUUCAAGAUCUGUUGAAGCGUCUAUUGGAAACCAAGCCACAGUAUCGCCUUCGUUCCGUCCUUCAACUUCAGCGGAUUGCUCUGUACAAAAACUACAACUGGGAUGCCGUCCGGAACAAACAGGUUUGUCCAAAGAAAAUAAUUGAAGCAGAGAUUGACAUGGAAAAACCUAGCGAUGGUCAUUCGUCAGUGAUGCGUUCGGACGAAUUCCUUGAUUUUGAUUGGUAAUUUUGGGAGCCGUAUUUUGACGAAAUGAGAAUCAUGUCAGCAAAAAUCUUGCGAUCACACGAUUCAAUACGGGAGAAUAAUAAUUGCAGCAAUUUGAAGACGUUUCAUUUCAGCCUGAGCCGGUUCACAGUAUACGAAAUAUAAGUACCAUUUCAGUAUUAAACUGUAACCUUCGAAGCGCUAUACUAGGUAUUGUAGAAAUGGCUUCGAUCAAUCUUCAGCAGCUUCUCGAGUGCGCAAUUGAAAAGAAGCUAAAAAGAGCUCCGAUCAAUUGAAGACAGAUGUAGAAACGAUGAGGAUGAGGGUGCCGACGUCGAUAAUAAUGAUGAUGAUGAUGAUGACGAUGAUGAUGAUGUUUCGCCUUCCGUCCGUUUAACGUGUAAUAUCGUAAGAAUAACUUAGUUCAAUAAUAAACCAUUACCAUUGAA